AUGUGCAUUGCGAUCCUCACCACCGCACAUCCAGACUACCCCUUCAUACUGCUGAACAACCGAGAUGAAUACCUCCAUCGCCCAACAGCAGAAGCAACAUGGUGGCCUGAACCAGACUCCCAAGUCCUUGGCGGCUACGACUUGCACCGUCCUGUUCACGGCACAUGGCUAGGCGUCACACGUCAAGGUCGCGUCGCCGUACUAACCAAUUACCGCGAGCAAGACUCGAGCAUCGUAAUCGGCGCCCGAAGUCGCGGUCUCAUACCAAACGAAUGGUUGAAAUCUGAUCCCACGGCCCAAGAAUCCACCGAAGCCUUCGCCAAGCGCAUGAUCGAAGGCGAUGGCGUCCAAGGCGUAGGCGGCUUCUCCCUCUGUUACGGCUUCAUCCAAGAUGUCGUCCAACGCAACCCUAACCCCAGCGACACCCCCAAGGGCCUUGCCAUUGUCAGCAACCGUACCCCCGAAGUCUCCGCCGUCCCACGUCUGCUCUCCCGCCCGGGCGAAACCCACGCCCUCAGCAACGCCGCCUUUACCGAUCGCUCCUGGCCCAAAGUCCUCAAUGGCGAAUCCUGGACCAACGAGGCAAUCGCCGCCUCGAUCGCCGCCAACGAGACGCGCGACCAGCUCGUAGACCGCCUCCUCGCCGUCCUCAGUCGGGACACGAUGCCCCGGCAAAAGGAAAACGAGGACUGGGACAUGUAUCUCAACCAGCUACGGCACAGCAUCUUCAUUCCGGCGAUUGGCAAGGACCACCUGGACGAGCAUAAGAUGCCGGCGCAUGAGGUGGGCGAUGUGGUCAAGCACAAGGCCGUGGAUGCGACGAGUGGCUGCUAUGGCACGCAGAAGAGUAUUGUGGUGUUGGUGGAUAGGAAUGGGAAGAUGUUUUAUCUAGAGCGCACGCUGUAUGAUGGGGAUGCGAGGCCGAUUGAAAAGGGCUUGGGGGAUCGGAGGUUUGAGUUUCAAAUUGAGGGGUGGUAG